AUGAAACCAUUUAAUAAUAAUAACAAUAAGAAGAAACCAAUACUAAACAACAGUACUAAUACUACUAGAUCAAAACAACUGACAUUAUCCAAUUUCUUUACUUCUACUAAACCAAUUAAAUCAAUAACAACUCCUGAGAAAAUUUNUACUAGAUCAAAACAACUGACAUUAUCCAAUUUCUUUACUUCUACUAAACCAAUUAAAUCAAUAACAACUCCUGAGAAAGUAUCAUUAGUAAGACAAGAUUCAUUUUUAAAUAAAACAAUUAAUUCAAAUACUGGAUUUGAAGAUUUAUCAAGUCCUGAUACUUCUUUUGAUACAAGUAUAGAGAUUAAUAACUUUCGUAAUCCAAUAUUAUCUCAAACUAUUUCACAAAGGAAAACUACUACUACUGCUGCUCCCAAAGUUAAUACGAAAAAGAAUCCAAUUAUUCUUAGUGAUGAUGAAGAUGACUUAGAUGUUAUUAGAUAUUAUAAUCCUAAACCUAAAUUGCAUGCACAAUCACAACAACCAACCUUGAAAAGAGCAAAUUCAGAUUUCUUAGAUAUCUUAAAUGGUCAACCUAAAAAAGUUCCAAAAUUAUUAUCUAGAACUUCAUCUAUACUUUCUGAAAAUUCAGGUUCCAACAUUACCAAUUCAACCAAAUUAAGUAUUGAACAAGAAACAGUUAUACAAGCAGUUGUCUAUCAAAAACAAAAUGUAUUUUAUACUGGUAGUGCCGGUACUGGUAAAUCGGUUGUUUUACGUGAACUUGUUAAAAAAUUACGAGAAAUAUAUCGAGAUCAAGUCGGGAUAACUGCAUCUACUGGUAUGGCUGCUUGUAAUAUUCAAGGUCAAACUCUUCAUAAAUUUUUAGGUAUUGGGUUAGGUUUAGGUAGUGCAUUUGAAUUGUCUAAAAGAAUUAAAAGAAAUCCAAUGUUAUUAAGAAAAUGGCAAAUGUUAAAAGUAUUAAUUAUUGAUGAAAUUUCCAUGAUUGAUGGACUUUUAUUUGAAAAAUUAGAACAAAUUGCUAAAAUUGUUAGAGGUAAUACUAAACCUUUUGGUGGAAUUCAAAUUGUAUGUACUGGAGAUUUCUUUCAAUUACCUCCAGUUUCAAAAGAUGGUAAAUCAAAAUUUUGUUUUCAAGCAAAUUGUUGGACAGCUGUUAUUAAAAGAACCAUAUUACUUAAACAAGUAUUUAGACAAAAGGGGGAUAAUGAACUUAUUGAUAUGCUUAAUGCAUUAAGAUCAGGUACAUUAACUCCAGAACUAAUUGCUAAAUUUUCCAAACUUUCUCGAUCAGUAACUUAUGAAGAUGGAAUUGAACCAACUGAAUUAUUCCCCACAAGAGAUCAAGUUAAGACUGCAAAUUUCUCUCGUUUAAACCAAUUAAAAGGAAAACCAAUAAUCUUUCCAGCAUUAGAUAAUGUUUCCAGUCCCGAUUACAAAAAGCAAUUAGAUAAUCUCAUGUGUGAACAAACCCUUACCCUCAAGGAAGGUGCCCAAGUCAUGAACUUGAAAAAUAUUGAUGAUGACCUUGUAAAUGGAUCAAUCGGAACCGUCCUAACCUUCCUCACUCCAAGAUUACAUAUGCAAUUCCUUGAACAUUACGGCAAAGAAAUCGACCCCACCACCGAUCAUCAAAUCUUAUCCGAAUUAAGAUUCUUAUCUUCACGUAUUGCCAAUUCCGACAGCUAUACUGCCACCGAUUCCGCCUUUUUCGAUCAAAUCCCGGAAGAACGGAAAUCCAUAUUUCAACAACUCUGUCAUAUCGCCGUCCAAGAAUCUACCGCCAACCUCCUUCCCUUGAUCAAUUUCAAAACCACCAGCGGACAAGAUUAUCUCACAUUAGUCCAACGUGAAGAAUUCAAAAUCGAACUCGGGGCUCGUCAAAGAUCCGCCAUGGCGGCCAUGCAGGGUGUGCCGGAUGUAUUAAUCCGGGAACAAUUGCCAUUAUUGUUAUCUUGGGCCAUGUCGAUUCAUAAAGCUCAAGGACAGACUAUUGAUCGGUUACGAAUUGAUUUGGGGAGAAGUUUUGAAAAAGGGCAAGUAUAUGUUGCAUUAUCAAGAGCGGUAUGUAAAGAACAUCUUGAGAUUAGGAAUUUUCAUCCGAAUAAAGUUAUGACUAGUGAUGUUGUUAAGCAGUUUUAUGAACUGUUGGGUGAUUAA